GCCACAGAUGAGAAAUGGAGAUGAGAGAAGAGAUUCAGAAGCACAAAGCUCUUCACAGCCACCUUUGCUGCAGAAGGUUCUGUUGGCUGUAGAGUGGUGGACGGCUCAACAAGGAGGAAGCUCUGCUACAGGGGUUUCCUUCUCCCUUGAAGCCUGACGUUCAGUAGAAUGUGAAGGGGGAGAGACAAAUGUCAAACUUGUGGCACCGUUGCUAAAGAGUGACUCUUUGCAUUCCCGACCACCUUGUUUGACCAAUCUUUUGCUCUGUAUUGAAAACCUGACAAACAACUUCACCUAUUUGUAAACCAAGCUUGGGUUUCUAAGAGCUGUGGGCAGGUGGUCUGCGCUCGUUGCUUCCAUGGACGCUGCGAGAGCUCAGCUCGAUGAGGCCCUGUAUUCUUCUGGUCUGCGCACUCAAGAGCAGAUAUGCAGACUGGUCGAGGAAAGCCGAGUCAGAAACGGGGCUUCAGCAGGUGCCCCUGGCACAUCCGCUCAGGGUUCAACCAAGAAGGAGGCCUUUGCUCUUGACAAGAAAAGUGCAGAGGUUUGGGCUUUCCUGGAGGGUUUGCGAGGUGUGGCAUGGAAGGAAGGGGCUGCUGAUGUCAGCGGUGGUUCCGGGGCAAGCGAGUGGAAGGUGCACGAAAAUGCUGGUGACUUCCAUGUGACAUACAGAGAAGCACCGGGGGACAUGGCAGCGCACAAUAUCUGUGUUGAGGGCAUGUUAAACGAGGCCACAAAGUCAGAUUUUGGAAGCAGCUGGGUGGCUUCUCAUGGUGAUGCGGAGGGGCAUCAGUCGAUUGUGCACACAUUGAAGGCAGCACGGGCACAGAAACAGUCAGGGUCGAACCGUCCGCACCCGUUCAACGCUGCAGAGGUCCUGGUGGAAGAGUUUCUCCUGGGGAAUGACGCCACUCUUUUGCUCGUGGGGGCGCCUUCUUCUAAGAACGGCUCUCAUCCGCCAUCAAAUGACAAGCACCCGCUUGCAAAGAGGCCUUUUGGGUGCUUCCUCUUCAAGCGGACAAGUGCCUCUCAGUGCUACUUCCGUGCACUUGCGGAUAUCGCUCCGGCCCAAGGCGAGGAGGCGCGGGCUUUUGUCGCUGCGGUCGCACGCCAGUUGGCAGGACUGGGGACAGCCGUCUUUGGAAAGAUCUCCGCUCGGGACUUCCGGGACCCGUCCGAGACGGCCAUCCGCGUCACCCUCAAGAAGGGCGACGCCGAGCUGGGGUCGGUGGUAAUCACCGCCUUUGAGAAAAUCAAGCACGACCUGGGCGAGCGACUUCGCAAGCCUGGGGUGGUUGACCGGGACGCUCUUAGCGCAUGGCUCAAGGCCGCCAAGAUGGACGUGGCCGGGGAGCCCAAAGUGGAGUUCCGGCCGGUGGAGGGGUGCAGCUCCGAGGAGCUGUCGAAGGCACUCCUCGAGUUGGAGAGCUGUGGUUCCAACCUUGACAACGUCACAACGCCCGGUGGUGUCCAUCUCGAAGUCAGUAUCGGGGAAGUGAAGCAGUCAGGGGGCGGCCAAUUCCAUACCGACACGUCAUCUCCUCCUCUUGCGGUUGGGGACGACUCGGAGUCCGAAGCCGAGUUUCUGGACUCAGCGGAGGAGCUCAAGCAGGAAGAGGACAGCGAAAGCGACGCAUCCACUCGCGAGAGGGGUGUCCGAAACUCGGAGAGUGGCGGGUCUAGCAGGAGCAAGUCGCCUAGAAAGCUCGAGAGUCGGCCCGUGGACGCGCACGCGCCGUCUUCCAAGCCGGAGAGGAACGCUUCCAAGGACAAAGCGUCGGGAGGAGCGGCAAUGGUGGGUCGCGCGGCGGUAACGGCGCGCGGGGGGAGUGCCUCGAAGAAGAUGACCGGGCGGAAGAGGCCUGCGGAGGCGCUCGAGUCGGUCGAGGACGUUUUGGCGAAGCUCGCGAGCGCCGUGCGGGAGGUCGAGUCGGAGCCUUCCACGUCGCACGGGCACCCCCCCAAAACGGGGGCCGGGCCCGCGCACGGUUCCGACAAGAAGGAGAAGGAGCGGGACGUGGUCCUUGGCUUGGGCCCGGGCAUCUCGCACCGGCAGGGGGGGGCGAAGGCUCCGUACCCCCCUAGAAAGGAAGACACGCCGACGGCGGGUUUCAUAGACAUUGACGGGAGUCCUACCCGCGGCUCUGAUUACCCAGCUGCAGGAGGUGUGCCUAGCAUGGAGAUUAACCCGCUGGAGAGGGGGGGGGACAGUGUGGCGAGCGCAGCGGAUGAGGACUCGGACGGCCCGCCGUCAAUGGUGGGGUCGGAGGAAGAAAGCGAGGACGAGCUCCCGCCUCCGCGGCAGGAUUUUAUGACCGUUACUGACCCGGACAUCCUUCGGGCCAGGAUCCUGGAGCUGACCGCACGCGCGGAGCAGCUGGAGGCCAAGUCGCGGCAGAGCACCGAGUGGGCGCACGAGAAGGUGAUGCAGGCGGCGCGCAAGGGCCAGAACGACAGCAAGGAGCUGAAAGGGCUGCGAGCGGAGGUGGAGGCCGCCAAGCAGCGGCAGCGCGACGGCGAGGACCGGGAGCGGGGGCUGACCAAGAAGCUGCGGGACAGCGAGGACAUGGUCAAGCGGACCCAGGACUACGCCAAGGGCCUGGAGAAGAAGCUCUUCAUGCUGGAGAAGCACCUCAAGGAGGUGCGCUCCGAACUAGAGGCGAGCCUUCUCAAGGAGUCUGAGACGGCAGCCCGUGAGGCCAAGGCGCUGAAGGCGGAAAAAGUGCUCCAGAAAAAGACGGCCGCCUGGGAGAAGCAGCGCAAGGCGAUGCAGGAGGAGAUCAAUGGCGAGCGCGCGCGCGCCAACGGGCUCGCGGCCGCGGCCGAGCGCGCCGAGGAGAGCGCGCGUCAGGCGAGCGUGCGCGCGCGGCAGGAGCGCGCGGCGCGCGAGGCGGGGGACCGUGCGGCCGCGGAGAAGCGCGCGCGCGAGCUCGCGGAGAAGGACCACAAGCGCAAGGACGCGGCCGCGAAGAAGGUGUCCGACACGGCGGCCGAGAAGUUCCGCGCCGAGAUCGCGCGGCUCGAGCGGGAGGUCGCGCGCCUCAAGCUCGCGGAGCACGGGACGGUGUACGGGUUCGAGGCGCCGCCGCCCGUGUACGACGUGCUGACGUCACCUCCCCGGGAGGUGACGCUGCGGGAGGAGAACGCGCGGCUGCGGCGGGAGGUGGCGGGGCUGGCGGGCGCGAGCGUGCGGCGGGAGCGCGAGUGCGUGAUGUGCAUGAGCGAGGAGCAGAGCGUGGUGUUCCUGCCGUGUGCGCACCAGGUCCUCUGCGAGGAGUGCAACGAGGAGCACGAGAAGAAGGGGCACAAGGACUGCCCGUCGUGCAGGACGGCGAUCGUGCAGAGGAUCAAGGUCUAUGGGAAGUGAGGUCCUCCGUGGGUGACAUGAUGGGCCACGGUAGACUGCUGCGUGUUGAAAUUCUUGCAUAGUGUCUAGAAAGUCUGUAGACAUUGUUUGAGCGAUUCAUUGGCACCUCCAUGCAUCGUAGAGUCAAAAGUACCAGCACAUUCUUGCAGGCAUUUAUAUGUACAUGCGGUGUCGAAUCAAGCCAAUCACCCCUCAACGACAAAUCCUUGUGACCUGCUCUGGCGAAGUUUUGAGGAUCCUAGUUUCUUCCUCGUAUGACAACGCACAUUGACAGUUGACCAAUCGGCAGAAUGCGUUAGGGCGUUUGCACUCGUG